CGCAGGAGGCGGCGGGGCCGGUGCGGGCGCUGGAGCCGCCGCGGCGGCGGGAAGAUGGAUGCGCCGCGCUCGUCCCUCGCCGCUCGGCAUCCUCCCCUGGCCGCGGCACGGGCUUCCAAAGCAGCUGAGUCCAGGACCUUAAGGAAUGUCACACAGUGGUUGCUGAACUAACUGGCACUGAAAGGACCAGAAAAAGAUGGCAGUCUGUAUUUGAAAUAAACACGUGGACUCUCGCAGAUAAGAAACCAUGUCAAAAAAAGGACGUAGCAAGGGCGAAAAGCCUGAGGCACUGAUUGUUGCCCUACAGGCUGCCAAUGAGGAACUCAGGACCAAGCUAACAGACAUUCAAAUUGAGCUGCAUCAGGAGAAAUCUAAGGUUGCUAAACUCGAAAGAGAGAAGACCCAAGAAACGAAGCGUAUCCGCGAGGUGGAGCAGCGCAAGCAGACCGUGCAGAUCACGGAGCUGAAAGCCAAGCUCCAUGAGGAGAAAAUGAAGGAGUUGCAGGCUGUGAGGGAGAACCUCAUCAAGCAGCAUGAGCAGGAGAUGACGCGGAUGGUGAAGGUCCGGGACAGCGAGAUCCAGCGGCUCAAGUCCGCGCUGUGCGCGCUGCGGGAUGGGAGCAGCGACAAAGUACGGACAGCGCUGACCAUCGAGGCUCGCGAGGAGGCCAGAAAACAGUUCGACUCUGAGCGCCUUAAGCUUCUGCAGGAAAUCACUGAACUGAAGUCUGCCAAAAAGCAGGUAGAUGAGGCCCUUAACAACAUGAUCCAGGCCGAUAAGAUCAAGGCGGGGGAUCUUCGGAGCGAGCACCAGUCCCACCAGGAAGCCAUUUCCAAGAUCAAAUGGGAGAGUGAAAGGGAUAUCCGACGCCUGAUGGAUGAGAUCAAGGCUAAAGACAGGAUCAUAUUUUCCUUGGAGAAAGAACUGGAGACACAGACAGGCUACGUGCAGAAGCUGCAGCUGCAGAAGGAAGCUCUGGAUGAGCAGCUCUUCUUGGUGAAGGAGGCAGAGUGUAACAUGAGCAGUCCCAAGAGAGAGAUCCCGGGAAGGGCUGGAGAUGGCUCGGAGCACUGCAGCAGCCCUGACCUGCGCAGGAACCAGAAGAGGAUAGCGGAGCUGAACGCCACAAUCCGCAAGCUGGAGGACAGGAACACGUUGCUCGUUGAUGAACGAAAUGAACUGUUGAAACGUGUCCGAGAAGCUGAGAAACAAUGUAAACCUCUUCUGGAAAAGAACAAGUGCCUCACGAAGAGAAAUGAUGAACUUAUGCAGUCUUUGCAGCGCAUGGAAGAUAAACUCAAAGCAGUCACUAAAGAAAAUAUAGAAAUGAGAGAAAAAAUAACAUCACAUCCCCCUCUAAAGAAGUUAAGAUCUCUCAAUGACCUGGAUCAGGCCAAUGAGGAACAAGAAACUGAAUUCUUAAAGCUUCAGGUCAUAGAACAGCAGAACAUAAUCGAUGAGUUAACAAGGGACAGGGAGAAACUCAUUCGUCGCAGGAAGCAUAAAAGGAGCUCAAAACCAAUUAAGAGACAUGUGGUGGAUACAUUUUUUGGGUAUGAUGAUGAUUCCAUGGACUCUGAAACAUCCUCUGUGGCCUCAUAUAGAACAGACAGGACACCAGCAACCCCAGAUGAUGAUCUGGAUGAGGGUUUAGCAGCGGAAGAGUCAGAGCUGCGGUUUCGGCAGCUGACAAAGGAGUACCAGGCCCUGCAGAGAGCAUAUGCACUGCUGCAGGAGCAGACAGGAGGGGUCAUAGAUGCUGAAAGAGAAGCCAAGGCUCAGGAGCAGCUCCAAGCUGAAGUCCAGAGGUAUAGAGCCAAAAUAGAAGAUCUGGAGAAAACUUUGGCACAGAAAGGACAGGACUCACACUGGGUGGAAGACAAGCAGCUUUUCAUUAAGAGGAACCAAGAACUUUUAGACAAGAUAGAGAAACUGGAAGCAGAAAACAACCGUCUGCAACAGGAGCUGCAGGAUGCCCGAGACCAGAACGAGCUGCUGGAGUUCCGCAACCUUGAGCUGGAGGAAAGAGAGAGACGGUCCCCACCAUUUAAUCUCCAGAUUCACCCAUUCUCAGAUGGUGUGAGUGCUCUACAGAUCUACUGCAUGAAGGAAGGGGUUAAGGAUGUCAGCAUCCCAGACCUCAUAAAGCAGUUAGACAUCCUAGGUGAUAAUGGGAAUUUAAGAAAUGAAGAACAAGUGGCCAUAAUUCAGGCUUCCACCGUAUUGUCCUUGGCAGAAAAGUGGAUCCAGCAGAUUGAGGGAGCUGAAGCUGCUCUGCAUCAGAAAAUGAUGGAACUGGAAAGUGAUAUGGAGCAAUUUUGCAAAAUAAAAGGUUAUUUGGAGGAAGAAUUAGACUACAGGAAACAAGCUCUUGACCAAGCAUACAUGAGGAUCCAGGAGCUUGAGGCCACCUUGUACAAUGCUUUGCAGCAAGAAACGGUGAUAAAGUUUGGGGAACUACUCACUGAAAAACAGCAGGAAGAGCUGAGGACAGCAGUAGAAAAGCUAAGGCGUCAGAUGCUGAGGAAGAGCAGAGAAUAUGAUUGCCAGAUUCUUCAGGAGAGGAUGGAGCUGCUCCAGCAGGCUCAUCAGAGGAUCCGAGAUUUGGAAGAUAAAACUGACAUCCAAAAGAGACAAAUUAAGGAUCUGGAGGAGAAGUUUCUAUUUCUAUUCUUGUUCUUCUCUCUUGCCUUUAUUCUUUGGCCUUGAUGUCAAUGUGCCUCUUGGAAAGAGGAUCUGCACUGCUGUGAACUCCCUUGAACUGUAAGAGCUGCAGCAGGCCCAGCAUCACAGCACGCAUGAUACCUGUAGAGUGUUUUACCAAGGCCAGGCACUCCACAGGUGCAAAGCAUCAAGUCUUGUAGCAGUUCCUCAAAAACAAGGCAAUGGUAAGCUCCUCGUCCCCUGCCUUCACCCCUCUGUUUUCCUCCACGGGAUUCUUUCCCCUCACUACCUGAGGGAAAAUCUCCAGACAGAAGCAAUUUGGGAAUGGAGUUGGCGAGAUUGAGAGGGAUUUUAACAACAUCAUAUUUUCUGAGGCUGGAAUACAUGGAAUCAGAGAGAAUAACUAACAUUGAUUUGUGUUUCCCACUCACGUUAAAAACCACCUGCCUACCCAGGUGACAAACUCAGCAAAGGUGAGAAUGGCAGGGGGAGUGUGCCAUCACCAUUUCUUCUUAUUACAACUACUGAGGUAUAUUUCUUUAUUUCCACUGGAUGCAAGUGAACUGUGUUACCUUUAUCCUAAGGGACUUCAAACAAACAAACAAACAAAACCCUAAACUCCUCCUUGAAAUGCACCUAGGGAGCCACUUGGUGGUGAAAGUUCUUUGGUUUUGUUCAUGCCCUGAUGCAGUUUAUUCUUUAUGGACCUUUUCACCAGGUGAGAGAAAACCACAGUGCAGUCACAGAUUAUACUUUCUGGUUUCUUUCUUGCCCAGAGUGAACACAGCACUCACUGCUGAACUGAGAUAACAAGGGACAAGCACGGGGGAAACCAUGUGCAGCAGUAUAUUGUAUGCAGACCAGAAGCUCUCUAAUUCCUGUUUACGUGGGAUUUUCCUACCUGCAUUCUCUCUGUGUUUGUGAACUUACACAUUCACUUAUUUGUGAUCACAAAUAAGUGUGGUCUGUGUGGAUUUUGCACCCAGUGAAUUUUACUAUGUAGGCUUGAAUGCUGGGAGAACAAAGACAAAAUGGUGCCCUUUUUUCCCUAGGUGCAAACCUGAGAACUAAAGUUCUUUUCCAUAGGGAAAGCCAUAGGGAAGGCUUCCUCGGGACAGCAGCAUUCUGUGUUUGCCUCGGUGCUAUAUUAGCCAAAAUUCUGGGCUUGCCCUGACACCACAAGGGUAUUGCUUGCUGCCAUGUCUCCUGUCAGGGGUGAAUUUUGGGCAGCUUUGGUUCAAGAGUCAUUGAAACUUGUGCAUAACUAUUCAUCUGAAGAUGCCUAUGGGGACUUUUCUGGACCAGAGGGCUGGGCUUUGAGGGGUUUAAAUGGACAGGCUUAGCAAAAUGCCUGGAAUUUUCACAAAUGCUUUUCAUACAGACAAACAAAACCAGUUUAACACUGGUAGCUGUAAGAUCAGACCUUUUCAGCUUCCUGAUUGAUAGAUUGCAUCUUGGCAGCUGGGAUAGGUAGGUAGAGGAACUUACCACUUACCUGAUACAGAUUUUUUUUUAUUUUUAUUUUUAGAGUGCCCGACUACCCAGAUAAGUCCUUAUAAAGGCAAAUGCUUCCAUCCCCCGAUGAAGAGAAUAUUGUUUACACCUAUUUUAAAAAGUAUAAAAAUGAACAACCUGUAGCCAAGACUGCAACCACCUUGUAUUUUAAAGCCAUCACUCAAAAUUUGUUACCUGACAGUUCCUGUCUAAAGCUAUGACAUAUGCUGCAUCUAAUGAAAUUCUAUAUGUUGAAAUUACGAAAGGGGAAGAAAAAUGAACUGUGAACCUACAUCACCCGGGAAGAACUUAAAGGGAAGGAACCACUUUCAGCUGAUCAAGUCAGUGUGUCUUGGGCAUGGAACCAAAGUUACAACAGAAAAAUCUAUCCCUGCUGUGCAGGGCAAUCAUUUAAAUGUCACCCUGUCAUCCCACAAAUGGAUCAAAAGCGAACAGGACAGAGCAGGAGAAACUCGAGCCGUGGGGAGAUGCCGACAACCAAGCGCUCGGCUUGAACUGUGCGGCUUUCUCGCUGCAGGGACUCCUGCUCUCCCUCUUUGGUUUUAACCUCAGGAACAAAUGACAGCUGCAAUGUGGGAGGAAGAAAGGAAAAUGAACCGGUCUGGGUUAUUGCAGGAUGGGCAGGACAGGUCACCACGUUUUGUGCUUGAGGUCGUAACACAGCACCACCCGCCUUGGCCAAGGAAGGGGAGAAGAGGGUGUGUGGUGUAAGGAGGGUUCCCGACAGAGUUGAAGCCUUAUCUCUCUUCACUGUCCCUCCAUGAAGAACAGCCUGUCUAUUAUCAGAUACUUUUCAUACUCUUUAAAGACUGCCGUUGAGAUAAUAAUGACUAUACUUGGUUUUACUAUUGAAUAACCACUGAGGAUCACUGGAUUGGACCUACAGAGUAGCUUCUGAGAAAGAAAACAAAUGUUGGAGGAUGGGGCGGGGGGGCGGGGGAAGCCCAUUUGACAUGAUCCACAAAGCAUCAGCUUCCAACUGUUUUGUCCCAGCUUGGAACAAAUGUUUUGGUUCAGCUUGUCUACUGACUUUGUUAGCUGGCUUCCUGAUUAAUGACACAUAAACUAAAAAUGGGGAAAAGCUGUGUGAACACAGCCUCAUUACAAGUAAGAGGUAUUGCUAGUCUGUUUAGAUUUUUCCACUGUUAAGAGUAACUAAAAGCAGUUUGCAUUUCAAAGCAUUACUUACCUCUCUAAUCACGAAGCCUGGAACCCGGCCCUGGUGCCUCCCUGAGGGUCACAGGUCUACGCCCCCAGUACUCUAUAAAAACGACCCUGAGAAGCAUCACCCUGCAGCAAACCCUGCGAGGGUCCUGUGCCGCGGGGAGCAGCACAGCCAGCUGCACCCACCCUCCCUUCCCUCACUGGUGGGCUGACAGUGCACAUCUCUGUGCCUCGGCUUUCAUUUUCCUGGGAAUGGAGUCAUGCCUGGGCAGACUUCGGGGUUCCUGUGGCAAGGCUGUGUCUUCCACGAUGGAGCCUUAAUUUUAACUGGGAGAAGUGGAUGUCUGUACUACAAACUAGAAAAUUAAGGGCCAGAAUACAGCCUGUGUAUUACCUACACCUUCAAAACAGGGCUCACAUGUACCAACAUCUUACGCACACAGACGGCUCAUCAAAAAGUGCUUUUCAAAGAGCUUCUCCUUUGUUUGCCUGUUUACUUUUACAUAUGAAGCUUCUGAGGCACAAAGCAGUGAAGUCACUUGCCACAGCAACUUGUCAGGUCAAAAGCAGUUCUGUGGCCUUAGCAGGGAGGAAGUUCUCUAGUAUCAAGGGUGCCAGCCCCUCACAGAUAUCUUUUUUUCUUGGCCAGAAUAGCUUUUAAUCAGUAAUGUCCAUUCACCCAACUGCAUAGCAAUGCUGGGCUCAGUUUCUCCACAGACUCCUUACAUCCUCAUUUCUUGAAUGCCAGGAUAUUGUGAUAAGCCUUUCAUCAAAGGUUAGAAGCUAUUAGCAAAUGAUUUUUUUUCCCUGCUCCUUAAAAUUGGUUUAAGUUAUAGAAUGACCACAUCUUCUUGAAGCACUCUAGUUCAGCCGAGGGGUUCACUGAGUUCUGCACUGAGUUCUGCUGUAUGUUUGUUGGUUCAUUGUUUUAAAAGACAGGCUUGUAGGCAUAUAUGUUACACGACUGCAGGUACGUUGCAUGCUCUUUGUUCAAAUUCCUUUUCCUCAGCAGAAGACUCUGUGGAUCAGGUUGACCCAAAUGUACACGUGCUUUCCAUGAGCCAGCAGUUCAGUCCUGAAGUUCUGGAGUCGGGGGAAGCCUUGUCCCACCCCUGUGACAGCUGGAGAUCACUAGCAGCUUUACAACAGUUUGAUAGCUACAAAAAGGGGGGGGGGUGUCUCACUGGCUAUUCGUUCUUCCCCCCUCACUCUUUUCUCCCCUCUUGCAGCACCACUUAAUUUCACACCAUUAGGCUGCUUUCCUCAGCAUUAGGGCUGGCAGUUGAAGCACUGAGCUCUUCUUGCAGAAGAAUAAGCAGCACCUGGUUUCAAUGACAGUGCAAUAACUUCCACCACUGGUUUGGCUAAAGGAAAAAAA